UUAAUCUGGACUUCUCACCUGUUUGUUGCUGUUGAUUCUCGCGGCUGAGUUUGAACGACGAAUUUGAAAAACAAGGAUUUUUUUUCUUUCUUUUACCAAUUUAUCUAGUGGGAAGAGAAACAAGGAGCUCCGGGCUAAAGAUGUCCACCGCUUUGGAGAGCUACAUCAACCGCACCGUGGCCAUCGUCACGUCAGACGGCAGGAUGAUAGUGGGCACCUUGAAGGGCUUCGAUCAGACCAUCAACCUGAUCCUGGAUGAGAGUCAUGAGCGCGUGUUCAGCUCCACUCAGGGGGUGGAGCAGGUGGUGCUGGGGCUCUACAUCGUCAGAGGAGACAAUGUUGCCGUAAUCGGAGAGAUCGACGAGGAGACGGACUCCACGCUGGAUCUGGGAAACAUCAGAGCCGAGCCGCUCAACUCUGUCGUCCACUGACCUUUUAGCACAUGUUCUGCUGUGGCCACCGUUGCCACAGCAACCAACAAUGGCAGGACUCCGUUGUGUUGGUUUGUUAUGUUUCUGUGCGAUCAGAGGGGAAAGUCUGACCUUUUUUCAGCAGAGUCACCGUCUUCAUCUGAUGUUUGUGGGUUUUUUAUAUAUAAAUGAUUUGUUAGAUGUUGGAUUUGCUUUCCUGCAGUUCAGCAGGAGAAAUUUUGAAUAAACUUUCA